GCUCCACACUGAGGUCAUUCUGCUGAGCCGAGAUCAGACAUGUUGGAGGAGUUCUUGUACUGUGAAGUAACAUUAUGAACAACAGAGGAGUCCAGAAGGUCCUCCAGGGGCUGCAGCUGGUCAGUUCUGCUCCUGCAGGAAGGAUCUGCUCUUCCUUGUCCUCCUGGAACAGAAGGCCGGGAUCUGGAUCAAACAGGGCCCUGUCAGGAUCUGGCAGAGGGAGCAUGAAUGUGUUCAACAGGGAAAUGAAGAAGAGGCAGAAGAACUGGGCUGCAGUUCUGCAGGAUGGUCACCAGUAUGACUACCUGAGGGAUGAGGUCGGGAGUCGAGUCGCUGAUCGGGUUUAUGAUAUCACCAGGACAUUCCCUCUCGCUCUGGACAUUGGAGGAGGAAAAAGUCACAUUGCAGACCAUCUAAACAAGGAUGUGGUGGAGCGUUUGUUCCUGACAGACAUCUCCCAGCACACCCUGAAACAUCGCAAGCCGAGUGAGAUUCCCACUCAGUGCAUCCUUGCUGACGAGGAGUUUCUGCCGUUUAAGGAGAACACUUUCGACCUAGUGCUGAGUAGCUUGACCCUUCACUGGAUCAACGACCUUCCUGGAGCCCUCAGACAGAUCCACCAGGUUCUGAAGCCAGACGGGGUUUUCAUCGGGGCGAUGGUGGGCGGGGAGACGCUGUACGAGCUGCGCUGUUCUCUCCAGCUGGCUGAGACGGAGAGGGAGGGAGGUUUCUCCCCCCAUGUGUCGCCCUACACCGCCGUCACAGACCUAGGGAACCUGCUGGGCCAGGCUGGCUUCAAUAUGCUGACUGUGGACAUUGAUGAUGUUCAGGUGCAUUACCCAGGCAUCAUGGAGGUCAUGACUGAUCUUCAAGGUAUGGGAGAAAGUAACUGUGCAUGGAACAGGAGGUCGAUGCUGCACAGGGAUACUAUGUUAGCAGCUGCAGCCAUUUAUAAAG